AUGAUAGCUCCAGAGGUGACCAAUCUCACGGCCGUGACAGAAUUCAUCCUCCUGGGGUUCGCAACCCAGGGGACCAUGGGCUUCUUGCACCUGCUGCUCUUCUCCCUGGUCUACCUGUGUACCCUGCUGGGGAACGGGCUCAUCAUCCUUAUCACCACCCUGGACCGGCACCUCCACACCCCCAUGUACUUCUUCCUGAGGAGUCUGUCCUUCUCGGACCUCUGCCUCAUCUCAGCCACAGUCCCCAAGUCCAUUGCCAGCUCUCUGAGGCGCAGCAGCUCCAUCUCGUUCCCUGGCUGUGUGGUUCAGCUCUUCAUGAUGAUUAUGUCAGCAGGUGUCAAACUGACCCUGCUCAUGUUGAUGAGUGUUGACCUCUAUGCUGCCAUCUGCCACCCCCUGCACUAUGACGUCAUCAUGAGCAGGGACAGGUGUGUGCAGCUGACAGCUGUGUCCUGGCUGGGUGGGGGUCUCCUUGCUGUGAUGCACACAGCUGGAACCUUCUACUUGUCCUACUGUGGUUUCAACGUGGUCCACCAGUUCUUCUGUGACGUCCCCCAGUUAGUGGCUAUUUCCUGCUCAGGAAAUUUAUUGAAUGAACUUGUCCCCAUUCUCAUUAGUGUGGUCUGGAGUAUCAGCUGUUUCAUUUUCAUCGUCAUUUCCUAUGUGCACAUCUUCUCUGCUGUCAGGAAGAUCCCAUCCACUGAAGGGAAGGUCAAAGUCUACUCCACCUGCCUUCCCCACCUGCUGGUUGUUGUGCUGUUUCUCUGCAUGGCAUUCUUUGCUUAUAUGAAGCCCGCGUCAGAGAGUCCGUCCAUGUCUGACCUGAUCAUUUAUAUUUCUAUGUUCUACACGGUGGUUCCCCCCACCUUUAAUCCCAUCAUAUACAGUCUGAGGAACCAAGCCAUGAAGUCUGCUGUGGGGAGACUGAUGAAGGGAGUACUCACAAAAAUGUAA